GCGCGGCUCGCGGCGCUCGGCUGCCUGGGGCCGGACGCGCCCGUCGCGCUCCUGCUGGAGCGGGACCCGUCGCUCGUCGUCGGCGUCUACGGCGCGCUCGCCGCGGGCGGCUGCUACGUGCCCCUCGAGCCCGACUACCCGCUCGAGCGCAUCAAGACCGUCGUCGAGGACGCGGGCUGCUCCGUCGUCGUGACCCAGCAGCGCCUCGCCGUCGUGCCCCUCAAGUUCGGCGCCGACGACGCGGGCGGCCUCGACGUCUUCGGCGGCGGCGACCGCGACGACUGCGGCGCCGGCGCGCGCGCGCCGACGACGACGCCGGGCCACCUCGUCUACAUCUUCUACACGUCGGGGACGACGGGCAAGCCCAAGGGCGUCGCCGUCGAGCACCGGGGCCUCGUGCGGCGCAUCGCGUGGUUCGACCGCCUCUACCCCCUGAAGGCGGGCAGGGACGCGAUGCUCCUGAAGACGACGUACACCUUCGGCAUCUCCGAGUGGGAGCUGUUCUGGGCGCCGACGACGGGCGCGACGACCGUCGUCGCGAACAACGAGGGCCACCGCUUCGCGUCCUACGUCGCCGACAUCAUGCUCGCGGGCGACGUCACGGCGUGCUGCUUCGUGCCGUCGGCGCUCGCCGCGCUGUGCGAGACGCUCAUCGGCGACCACCCGGGCGUCAAGGCCAAGGUCCGCGUGGCCAUCUCCUGCGGCGAGGCGCUGCCCGCGGCGACGGCGAAGCUCUUCUUCCAGGCCUUCGACGGGGGCGCGAAGCUCAACAACGUCUACGGCCCGACGGAGGCGGACAUGACGUACUACGAGAUGGACAGGGCCACGGCGCUGGCCAUGGCGCGGCCGCCGCCCAUCGGCCGGCCCAUGGACAACGUCACGGCCUACCUCCUCGACGAGCGGCUGCGCCCCGUCCCGGCGGGCGCGCCGGGCCACCUCCACUUCGGCGCGCCCCACGCGUGCCGCGGCUACGUGAACCUGCCCGACGCGAACGCCAAGGCCUGGGUCAAGAACCCCUUCAAGGGGUCGCCCUACGUCUCGUCGAAGACGCCCGUCGGCGACAAGCUCUACGCGACGGGCGACCUCGCGCGCUGGCUGCCCUCGGGCGACCUCGCCUUCUGCGGCCGCGUCGCCGUGGGCCAGAUCAAGCUCCGCGGGUUCCGCAUCGAGCUCGACGACGUCGCCGCGGCGCUGCGGGCGCACCACGACGUCGGCUCGUCGGCCGCGGCGCUCCUCGACGCGGGCACGCCGCGCGCGAAGCUCGUCGGCUACGAAACACCCCACCCCUCGGGAAACCAUCGCCCCCCUCGGCUCGGGAAACCUAUCGCCCCACAGCUGCUGCCGGCCUACGCGGCGCCGUCCGUCGUCGUCCAGUUGGACGCGAUGCCCGUGACGUCGCGGGGCAAGCUCGACCGGAAGCGGCUGCCGCCGCCGCCCGCGGAUCUGGGCAUGGGCGAGGGCGACUUCGUGCCCUGCGAGAGCCGCACGGAGAAGGUCAUCGAGGCCGUCUGGCAGGAGCUCCUGGGCUACGACGACACGCCCAUCUCCGCGCUCGGCGACUUCGUCGCUUUGGGGGGCAACUCGCUCCUGGCGGGCCGCGCGACGACGCGGCUCCGCCUCGAGCUCGGCCUCAAGUCGCUGCCGGGCACGGCCAUGUACAUGCACCCGACGAUCCAGGCGCUGGCC